UGAUUGUCAAACGUGAACUAGAAUCUUUAUUUUCAUUCGCAUUUUCAAAACAGCAAAAUAUUGGUCCCCUGCUAAUAGUCAUCCAAAUCAAUUCCAAAUUGGACCAAUUCGUUACGGAAAUCCUGCGUUAAUAACCCUCCUCCAUGUGAUAAACGUCGGCAAGAAAACCAAAACGUGCAAUGGCGAGCAGCAACAGCAAUAACGCAGUGUAUCUGCGCCAGCAAUUUUUUGCUCUGCUGGGGAACACAUCACCCUCGAUCAAGUUUAUCUGCAUUACGACCCUGGUCGGGUACGCAUUGUCGUUCUCGGAUCGGGCGGCGGUCAUCCUGAGCGUAACCCCGGGUUAUCUGAUGCCCCCGUUUUUCUGGAUAUGGACGAUAUUCACGUUCUGUUUUAUCGAGAUGUACUUCUGGGAAGUUGCGGUCGAUUUAAUCACUGUGGGUCUGUGCGGGAAACUCAUCGAACCAUCCUGGGGACAGAUGGAGAUGUUACAGUAUUUCGCGAUUACGAACACCGGUGUAGCGAUUCUGACUAGUUUCUACUAUCUGUUCUACUCAAUGAUCACCAAAGAUGCAGAGCUUCUGUUUGAUGUUCACAUUCAUGGCUUAGCGGGAAUGAAUGCGGCUGUAAGCGUCGCAGUAACUCAGAUUAUGCCAGACCAUUUAAUCGCUCGCACCCCUUUGGGAAAAUUCACAAACAGGAAUGUUCCCCUUACAGUGGUCAUAGCAGCGAUAAUUCUAUGGGCAGUCGGAGUAUUAGACGGAACUUACCCAGCAAUGUUUGCAUCAGGAAUGUAUGUCUCCUGGGUAUAUUUACGAUUUUAUCAACGACACUCCAACGGAACCCGGGGAGACAGCGCGGAAAAUUUCCGAUUCGCUAGCUUUUUUCCAAAUGUGCUGCAACCGUUUAUCAAUCUGGUCGCGAAUCCUGUUUAUCAGGGCUGUCUGCGAAUCGGAAUGGUCAGAAGACUCACCCCUCAGCAGAGCAACUCUUCCUCACUGCAGUCGGUCAGUGUACAUUCGUUAGUCGGAGGUGAUCCUCACGAUAUGGAACGAAGAAGACAAAUCGCACUGAAAGCGCUCAGCGAGCGAUUAUCCAAAACUACUGACUCUAGUCGUCAGCAUACUUUACCCAAAUCAUUCCCCCAGCAGUCUGCUUCCGGUAAGCAUCAUCAUCACCAUCAACACCAUCAUCAUCACCAGGGACACCACGGCGGCGGCGGCAGCGGACUUCUGCCGUUUCCAAUGACAAUCGACCGACCAGCGAUUCCACUUCCACCUCCUCCGUCGAAGCCCGCGCUCAAACCCGACUCGACACAGCCCAGCGGCACCGGCACAAAUGGCGUCGAUUUGAUCGGCUUCGAGCAGCCAGCGGAAGUCGGAAGUAGCAGUAGCGACCGGCAAGUGGGAUCAACGACGAUGGAUUCUUAAGCCAGCGUCAGCAGCUGUUGGAAGCCGUCCCAAAAUUUUGGCUAGUGAAACGUGAUAUUGGGAAUCGCAGAAACGAUCGAAAAACUGUCCGCGGCGGCAAAUUACCUCCGAUGGCGGUAAAUUGGCAGGACAAGGAGACAGUUAGGGACGAUAAAAUGUAAUAUUUUUGAGUGUAAAGGAUGCUUUAAAUAGCUAUUAGGGUUCGCGCUGCUCCCUCUUUGUUUAUUUUUUAGAUUUUAGUCAAGAUGAUAGGCUUCUAAACUGACAGGAUUGAAAGUAUUAAUUCUGCAAGAUAGGAAACAUUACUUAGAAUGCACUAUCGCAAUGUUCUAAUAAACUGUACUAUCUAUUGGAA